AUGGAUGUGCACGCACAACUGCAGACGGCCUGGACCGACAUCAUUACCACGUACAGGCCAGGAACCAUCGAGUUCACGGGCAUCGUCUUGUCGCAGGUCGUCGGGUUCAUUCUUCCUGCAACCGUCUACAUGCUGAUCGACACUCUGUUCCCGAAAUUCUCGCAGCGCCAUAAAAUCCAAGGCGCCCGCCGCCAGCCAACACGCCACCAGAUCCAGCAUUGCAUCAAGGUCUGCCUCUUCAAUCACGCGUGGAUCGUGGCUCUGCAAUUCAUCCUGCUCUACCUGAGGGGCUUCAACCACGCCUACCUGAACAUGGAACCCACCGUGCCCUCACUGAAAACGUUUAUCGUGGAUUGCAUCUUUGGUUUGCUGGCGCGCGAAGUCUCAUUUUACUACGUCCACCGCGCUCUCCACCAUCCCAGCAUCUACGCAUACAUUCACAAGAUGCACCACAAAUACACCACCCCCGUCGCCUUUGCAGCCGAGUACGCGCAUCCGGUCGAGCAUCUUCUUGCCAAUGUUUUGCCGAUUAUGUUCCCGCUGUACCUCAAAGGCGCGCACUUCCUGACUGUAAUGGCCUUUGGCGUCUUCGAGCUGUGGGAAGCGGCGGCGGACCAUAGUGGCUACGACUUCCUGAAAUUGCCACCGGCAGAACUGCAUGACCUGCAUCAUGAGAAGUUUCGCGUCAACUACGGCACUAUCGGGUUGAUGGACUGGAUUCAUGGGACUGAUGUUGUGGGAUGGGACCGGCCCAAGGCGAAGAAGGUGAAGACCACGGAAUGA